UUAUCGCUGUGAGUGUAUAAAUAAACACCACUAUCAGUAUUUAAAUUAAUCGUCGCGAUCUCCGGGCGUAUUAUUUAAACGACAUGAGAAUAGAAAGCAGUCGAAUGAGUUUAGCCUUCGCCACAAACUUGAUGAGCGGUUGUUGACCUUUUCCAUAGGAAAUGAAUUAAAUAUAUAUGGAAAUUAUUUUUUUGUUGUUUCGAAGUGUUACUGUGUUGUGAUAAAAAAAAACUUCAAGAUGAAAUUAAAAAUAGACAAAGGACUCUUGCCUAUUAAGAUACAUUUUUUCUUUUUCUUCGCUGCCCUCGGUCCUUUGUUACCACAAAUGAAUGUCUUCGGUCGGCAACUGGGGGUGUCCCCGGCGGUCAUGGGGCUUGUUACGGCGGUUCUGCCCCUGCUGUGGGCGGUCGCUAAGCCCCUGUUCGGCUACGUCGUUGACUUUUGGCCGAGUAAAAGAAAACUGGUGUUCAUCUUUCUAAUCAUAUUCAUGACGGGAUCCUAUUGUGGCCUCUGGUUCCUACCCAUGCCCGAGGAAAUAGAUAAACCGGAACCGCUCCUCGAAUCAGUCUACAAAUUAAACGACACGGUCUACGUCAAAACGUACCGAAACAACACAGACGCCAUCUUGGACAAAUAUAUAUGUCAUUGGAACUGUACCACCGAUAAUAAUUUCCAAGUUUAUCUUUCAAAUUCGACGUUCAUAAACACGAUGUACACGGACACGAGAAAUAUAUCUUGCUCGCUCUUAGAUAUGAGUUUAGACGAAGUGAGACAAGGAGAGUUGAUAUGUAUACCCAAAAACGAUUGCAACCUUCUCUGUUACGAAGAAUCGUUAGAAUUUAAUAAGAAUAGGAGUGAAAGAGAGGUCGGAAGUUCGAAAGCCAAUUCCCUGGAUGUGUCAGAGAAGGAUGGAGAUAUGAAAAUUCCGAAAACAAUCGAAUCGCAGGGCAGUUUUUAUAUGACGGUGACGUUUUGGGCGUUUGUUGUGCUGAUGUGUAUCGGGACAGUUGCCUUUAAUGUUGCCAACUGUAUUGGAGACGCUGUGUGCUUCGAUGUUUUGGGCCCCGAUCGCGGUUCGAAAUACGGGGCACAGCGAGCGUGGGGCACAGCGGGCUACGGUAUAACGGCGCUCUUGGGGGGCUGGUUGGUUGACGCGUUGUCUGACAAACACAAGGACUUCACCCCGGCUUUCGUCAUUGCUAUAAUAGCUACUUUCAUUGAUUUGGGCGCUUGUAGAAGACUUAAUCUACCAUCGUUGUCGAGUCCAGACGAUUCAGGGAAGGCCCUGAGGAAGGUGCUGAGGAUACCGAGAGUGCUGGUGUUCAUAACGUUCGCAGUGGUAGCCGGGACGUUCGACAGCUUCAUCAUUUAUUACAUGUUCUGGUUCCUCGAGGAGCUUGCCGAGGAAACUAACUCGGUAGCGAAGAUCAAGCUGAUCGAAGGCGUCGUCGUCGCGGCGCAGAGCUUCAUCGGGGAGCUGUUGUUCUUCUUCUUCUCUGGUAAAAUUAUCAAACGUUGGGGCUACGGGACGACGAUCACGUUCUGUCUCUUUUGCUACAGCGUGAGAUUGGCCCUCAUCUCAUUCAUCCAGCAUCCCUGGCAUCUCGUCUUUAUUGAGGGCAUAAUGCAAGGCCCGACGUACGCGCUGUGCUACUCCGCCAUCGUGGGCUACGCGGCGCACGUGGCGCCCGACGGGUACUCCGCCACCGUGCAGGGCAUCGUCGCCGGCAUGGACGACGGGCUCGGCUUCGCGCUCGGCUCCCUAGUGGGAGGGCAGCUCUACAACUACUCCGGGGGCAGGGGGUCGUUCAGGGUGCUGUCCGGGGUCGCUUUGGCGGCCGCGGCUGCUCACGCGCUGCUGUUCGCGUUCGUCACGAGAAACGAUAAAGAACGAAAACAAAUCGAAGUGCCAACGCCGGAGGUCGAGAAGAUGCUACCACAGGAACAGAACUUGAGCAACGCCAUCUAUCGAGACACGGUGGUACCACUAACCGACGGUAACCACAAGAGCGAAAACAGGUAACCUUAUAUAGUCAUGAGUUUAUUUUAUACAUUGUAUUAUUACAUAAAAAAAGAUUGUGAUGUUUUUGAUUGUAUUAAACCGACUGCGCAGAUAAAGUGGGUGUUAUGUUUAUAGCAUAUGUCUAAUGGCAUAUUGUAAUUGUGCUAUAUUUUACAUCGAAAUACGAUAAAGAUAAAUGUAUAAUACAAGGGAAAUUGUUUUAAAAGCUAAGACGAUAUGUAAUUUAGGUAGUAUUAUGUCUAAUGACGGAGGGGGGGCGGCAAUGAAGGACCAAUAUGGCUAUUUUAUUAACAAUAGAAAAAAAAUUGUAAAAUUUUCUGAUAGAGAUAUUCCAAUUGUCAUUGAACAGCGUGGUGGAAAACGCUGCAAACUCCCUCGCCCAAUAGUGGGUCGUUAGGGUCUGUUGCUAUUUUUAAACCAAGACUUUUUUAUAAUUAUCAUCAUUUAAAUACCUAAUGACUUGAUAAAAAAAUAUGUAUUCAUUAAAUUCAAAUACUUUGGGGUAUAUUGUUUAUGACAGUUUUUACAUUAACACACAAACUUGUUAUACUAAUAAAUUGUUCUGCCGUUAAGAGAAUUUAUGUCUGAGAGGGGGAUAGUCAGCCCGUCUUAAAUACCUCAAACCUCCGUAUGCAAGCAGUGUUUUGGCGCUCUGUCAUCCCCCCAAAAAAGGUUUAUAGGAGACCACUAUCCGCGUGGCGCCCUUAAUGCGUGGUUUCCCGGCACCCUUUUUUUAUCUCGGAAAAAUCCGAUACGCGUUUCACCCACUUGUGGGAUGUAGGAUUUGCCGGUCCCCAAGACGCCUAGUGCGCCCCAGGAAUAGUGGUAUCCUCUCCCGUCGCCGACACGGGAUCGCUUUGGCACCCUAGAUUAAGACGAGCCUGCAAACAGCUCACGAUAAAAAAAUUACCAUCGUUCAUUGGUCUUACUAACAGAUAGUAUCAUUAAAACUAUGUCAAUAAUAGCCGUGUAAUCCGUGGUAUAUCCUAUCGGAAAUCAUUGUACCGCUUAGUUAUAAUAGAAGAAUUAACACGAAUUUCCAUAUUUUAAACCUAAUAAAAUGAUAAAUGUAAACUUUCAUCCCUUCUUUCAUCCGUUUGGGAGCGAAUUUU